UAGCUCUCAUCUCUAAAUCGUCAGCUGUUUAACCAAUUUUGUUAUGAAAUUUGCUUGAGUUUUCCAUCGAAAAUGCUGCGUUUGCUGACAAAAACAAGGGUGCUGCGGCAACUGAUGCCAGCCACAGGCGCCACUCCACCUGCAUCCCGCUUCUAUGCAAAGAAUCAAGGAGGAGCCAGCCAAAAAUCGGAUGACGACAUGGUUAGCAAUGAGCCCAUCAAGUUUUUCGGCAGCCAGGCGGCCACUUGGCGCGCCAAGGACACACGCAGUGGUGGCAGCGACGAGACCCUGUGGUACCAACCCUACGUAAUCUCCGCCAGCCUCGCCAUCUUCCUCCUAUACUUCUGUGCGCUGCGCGAGGAGAGCGACAUCGAUCUGCGACUGGAGGGCAACUUGUACGAGCAUGUCAGUGGUCUGGAGGAGGUGCAGCUGACUGUCAACUACAGGUACAACAAGGAACACGGACUGGACACCAAGGAGCAGGAGAGACGGCUCAGGGAACUGGGCGUUGAUCUGAGCCAAUUGGACGCCAAGUUGGCCGCCCAGUAGUCGUAGGGUUGGUUUGUUGUACGUUUUUGUUUCGUUAAGUGAAAUUAAACAUUUUUAAUAACUAGAAAA